CUGCCGGCCGUCGGGAUUCGCAUCGUCGGAAGCAAACUUGGGGACGCCGGCGUAAAGGUCGUCGCCUUGCGGGUGGUUGAUGAUGUUCCCGGGCUCGCUGUUAGCGAUAAUGCGAUAUCGUCGAACAUGAACACCACAAUGUUCUCCUCCUUCAAUCUGCAAUCAACCCACGAUGAUCUUCUCCGCUUCUGGCCACUGCCACCAAGAGAUUGGUGCAAGCCCUGGGUGCCCAGAUCACGAAACUCCAGAUAUGACGAACCUGAUACCCCCGCACGAGCUCGUCGAGAAGAGGCGGUUCUUCAUCGAAAUUAGCAGCGGAGGGAACGGGGCCUCCACCGAUGGCGCCGCUGUCGUAGGAGGCGGUGGGAGCGGAGCCGAUCGUCGCUUCACAAGGAACAGAUCUCAUGUGUGAGGAUGAAAGCGGCAAUUUCAUCUUCCCACUAUCAUUGGCACCGGGGUAUGGAUACUCAUUUAUUCGAGGGUGUUAUAAUUAUACAACAAAAAUUCGACCUAUUUGUAGAACUUCAAAAGUUUAGGUACCAAAAUGUAAUACAAAAAAAUUUUAGGUACUAAAAUAUUUGUAGUCUUGUAGAUACCUAGCCAAACAUUUAAUGUAUAAUUUUUGAAAAUUCUAGCCCGGGUGAAAAAGAAAAACUCUAGAGAGAAACAAAAGGAAUACAACUAUAACUCGCUUAAAAUUUCACGCCUUCAAAUCUCAUAGUGAAAAAUGACGACUUUCUAAUAAGUAAUAACCAUAUAUAUUUAUUUUUAUUGGACUCGACAUUGAGUUGAAAAAGUUAGUGGUUCAUGGUUCAAUUUUUUUUUAUAAUGGCGAUAAACUAUUAUUACCAAACAAAAUAGACCUGUACAGACGCAAGAGAUCACACUUGAUAAUGGUUCAAUUAUUAAUUCUCUAGACCGUUGGUGAGGCGUCUUAAGUAUGGAUCUAUUCAUACUUGUGAUUAGAAUACAUAGAAAUAGUAUACUAAUUUGGAUUAUUUUUAAUAUUUCGCGUAAUGAGCAAAUAUUAAAUGACCUUAUCUUCUCCGACAGUUGAGUGAUACAACAUCUUGUAUGUUACAAAAAUAAAUUUAUACUUGUAUAUAUGUUAUGGUGGAUUGGAUUCAUGGAUUGGUUCAAAAGGAUUGGUGGAUUGGAUUCAUGGAUUCAAGUGAAAUCUACACAUUCGACCAAUCUGUAAAUUUAAAAAACUGUAGGUACGAACAUCUUGUUUGUUACAAACUAAAUUUAUACUUGUAUGUUAUGGUGAAUUGGAUUCAUAGAUUGGUUCAAAAAUAUUGAUGAAUUGGAUUCAUGGAUUUAAGUGAAAUCUAUACAUUAGACCAAUAUGUAAAUUAAAAAAAUUGUAGGUACAAAAAUCUCAUAAAAUUUUAGAUACCAAAACAUAAUUUUACAUUAAAAUUAAAUUUGGGGCAUCAAAAUGUGAAUUGUUACAUAGUGACUAAUUAGUAAUUUUUUAUGCAAUAAUAAUUGCACUUCACCUUUAUAUAUAGUAACUAGGUGGCAAUGGUGCGCCUUGUCGCGGAGUGAAGAUGUCCUAUGUGCAUGUAUUAUGUGCCCCGUUAUGGUGUUUAGUUAGUAUUAUUAGUCUAAAAUUAAUUUUUUAUUAACAAUUUUGUUAGUAAUAUUGACUUGACCAUAUGAUAUUGACUGAGAAGAGAUAUAUAGCGGUCAACAUCCAAUUGUAAUUUAUUUUGAAAAUUUUGGCUAGUAAAUGAUAUUUACCUAAAUCCGAGUAGACCCAUUGAUUAUAGGUAGGGUAUGGGUGACAUAUAUAUGGGUUUGGAAGUUUAUAGAUGGGUUUGGGUAGGGUUUGAAUAUUUAAUUCCAUAAUCAAAAUGUGUAUGAUAUGUGUAUGGAUACCCAUUUAUUCGAGAGUGUUUUAAUUACACAUAACAAAAAUUAAACCUAUUUGUAGAACUUUAAAAGUUUAGGUAUCAAAAUGUAAUACACAAAAAAUUAGGUACUAAUAUGUAAUGUUCCAUCAACAUUUUGAGGACUUAUAUGCCAAAAUAAAAUUUAGGUUAUAAAUCUAAAGAUCUAUUAAGUUUAGGUAUAAAACUGUAAUUUGCAUAGUUGAGGCUUAAUUCCUUUUAUGUUGAUGUAUUUAAGAUGAUAGCUAUAUACUUUUUUUAAUAAAAAAAUGAAAACUGUUUAUUUGAUAUGUGUAGAUACCUAGCCAAAUAUUUCAUGUAUAAGUUUUGAAAAUUCUAGUCUGGGUGAAAAAGAAAAACUAUAGAGAGAAGCAAAAGGAAUACAAACUGGAACUCGAUUAAAAUUCGACGCCCUCAAAUUCCAUAAUGGAAAAUGACGACUUUCUAAUAAGUAAUAACCAUAUAUAUUUAUAAUUGUCAUUAGAAUACAUAAAAAUAGUAUACUAAUUAGGGUUAGACGAAGAAGGCAAAUAAUGAAAUAAAGAAAGGGUUAUGGAAGACAAUUGAAAAAUGAAACGAAGAGGAAGUAGAUGAUGAAAAUGUUUUGACCAAUUCUUUUAGUUGAACGUCAAUACAACAAUCAACCAUUUUCACCGAAGCAAUUUAUUGACACUUGCUUAUGUAGAUGUCGCAUAUUUUAUUACAUGUAGUUAGUAGAAGUUUGUUUAGUAACCCGUAAAUGUACUAAAUGAGUUUAUAAAUUCUCUCUUUUAAUAUUUUAGAGUCGUCUCCCUUGUAUUGUACAAACUAAAUUUAUACUUUUAUGUUAUGGUGGAUUGGAUCAAAAGGAUUGGUGGAUUGGAUUCAUGGACUCAAGCGAAAUCUAAACACUGGACCGAUAUGUAAAUUUAGAUACCAAAACAUGAUUGUUCAAUGAUUUUAUAUUAAAAUUAAAUUUUGGGUAUCAAAAUGUAAAAUAUAAAUUAUAGUGACUAAGUUAUGAUUUAAUUAAAUUUGGGGUAUAAAAUGCAAAUAAUUAGGCAACAUUAACCAAGCUUCACAUUUAUAUAUAUUAAUACAUGUAGUUAGUAGAAGUUUGUUUAGUAACCCAUAAAUGUACUAAAUGAAUUUAUAAAUUCUCUCUUUUAAUAUUUUAGAGUCGUCUCUCUUGUAUUGUACAAAUUAAAUUUAUACUUUUAUGUUAUGGUGGAUUGGAUUCAUGGAUUGGUUCAAAAUGAUUGGUGGAUUGGAUUCAUGGACUCAAGCGAAAUCUAAACACUGGACCGAUAUGUAAAUUUAGAUACCAAAACAUAAUUGUUCAAUGAUUUUAUAUUAAAAUUAAAUUGUGGUUAUCAAAAUUUAAAAUUUACAUUAUAAUGACUAAGUUGUGAUUUAAUUAAAUUUGGGUAUCAAAAUGCAAAUAAUUAGGCAAUUGUAACCAAGUUUCAUAUUUAUAUAUAUGAAUAGUUAGAGGACAAUUAUCAUGGUUUAGAAACAUUAUCGAAAGUUACGUACUGGAUUCAUAUGUGUAUGAAAUUUCGUGGUACAACCGUAAUUCAACUUUUUUGUAUUGAUAAAUACUAUUUUUGUAAUAAUAAAAUAUUUUUUUGGUUAAAAACUGUACCAACUAUAACAUGAUCCGGAGUAAUACCAGAAUAUGAUCGGAAAAUACCUGAGAUAAAUUCAGAAGCUCUCUCUUCCCGUUGAUGAUUUUUUCGAAGACUUCCCCAUCUUGAGUUUCUACGGGGAUUCCUCUCAUCGAGCAGUUUCAGAGAUUUCAGGUUGUCCAGAAGCUCUCUCUUCCAUUUGAAGAUCUUUUUGAAGACUUUCCUAAUCCAUUUCUUGACCUCUCUUUCGAAAAUAUCACUGCAAAAGAGGAAAAUCGCCAUCAAAAUUCCAAGCAAAAGAAAGAAGAGGGAUAAAUUCUCAUGGACUAGUCAUGUGGCAUCUCUUCACAAGUUUAUUUUUUUCUACUAUGGAUUGAAGUGCAGGUUAAAAUGGGUCUAUGAUAAGGUUCAACUUGGUAAGAUGGAUUCUGUUGGUCGAGGAAUAUUGUUGGGGUGUGCCUACGGUGACUUGCAUGUCACGAUGACUUGCACUUUCCGGUCGACCUCAGUUAGGAUUAGGUCGACCUCAUUUAGAAUUCGGUCGACCUCAUAUAGGAUCUGGUCGACCUCAUUUAGGAUUCAGCCGACCUCAUAUAGGAUCAGGUCGACCUAAUCUGUUGUUUCAGUGUAAAAACAGUUCAUGGUGCCUACUUUGGAUAUUCAUAUCAUACAAUUGGCUAGAUGGAAAUUGAAUACUAAUGACUUGUUUUGAAGCUGGAGUGUCCCUCUACAUAUUGAAGUGAUUGAGAGCUCGAUAGAAAGUCCAGAAUACCAUUUUUGAACCUCAUCAAAAGGCUAUGCCAAAACUGGGAAACUGCCUAGAAAUGGCUAAGUGUGGAAACGUGUUUGUGAAGCCUAUUUUGGAGCUCAAUUCGAGAAGCAUGAAUGCGCGUCGAGUCCAGGAGCCUCUACCACAUUAAAUUAGGUAUAUUUUUAUACAAAUUCAAGGCAUUGGAUGAAAGAUUGGAUAUCUGUAAGGCUUCAAACAAAAGGGUCGAAGUUGCUACCAAGGCAGCCUUGGUAGCAACUUCGACCCUUUUGUUUGAAGCCUUACAGAUAUCCAAUCUUUCAUCCAAUUGCCUUUAUAUAAAAAAGAUACGUAAUUUAACGUGGUAAAGGCCCCUGGACUUGACUCGCAUCCAUGCUUCUCAAAUUGAGCUCCAAAGUAGGCUUGACAAAUACGUUGCCAGACUUAGCCAUUUUCAGGCAGUUUCCCAGUUUUGGCAUAGCCUUUUGGUCAUGUUCAAAAAUGGUCUUCUGGACUUUCUAUUGAGAUUCCAAGUACUUUAAUAUGUAGAGGGACACUUCAGCUUCAAAACAAGCCUUUAAUCUCCAAUUUCCAUCUAGCCAAUUGUAAGAUAUGAAUCUCCAAAGUAGGCACCAUGAAACUGUUUUUACACUGAAACAACAUAUUAGGUCGACCUGAUCCUAUAUGAGGUCGACGGAAAAGUGCAUAUUAUCGUAACAUGCAUGUCACCGUAGCAAAGUCCAAAUUGUUGUUGUCAUUAUAAGUUGCAUAGGCUUCUAUCCAACCUCUCAUUUAUUUUCAAACUUUGGGUAAACCAUAUGAAAGGGUGAAAUCAACGUCGUGAAAUUUAGCUGCUAUUAUAAGUUGUUGCUAGUCUGCUACCCUUCCACAUGCUGCCACACUAUUGGUUGAAAAUAAAAUGAAUUAAUUAUUAAUGGUUACUUUUUUGUGGACAUAAAUAAGAGAAACGGAAUGCAGAGGCGUGGGUUCUGGUGCUUAAAUCCAAAACCUUAAGCAGUUGCUUAAACUUCUCCUAUUGGCUUAUAGGAAAUUAGUUAAUCUAUGGAUGUUAGUUGUUAGUCGGUGGUUAAAGGGUAAUUAGGGCAUUAGGAGAUUUUAAUUAUUUUGAAAUCUAACGUAAUAUAUUUAGUUAGGGUUUAUACAUUUUCUCCGCCCUCGGUUUGUUUCAAGGAAAAUUUUUCCCCUCUCCCCUUCAACCUUCCGACUGUGCAUCUCCUCUUGCGGCUGCACAACAAUCUCCUCAUCAAGAUCCAGGAAACACAUGUUAGUUAUUAACAUUUUUAGUAUUUUUUUAUAGCUUGACCGAAUAUUUUAUUAAUACGUUUUUAGCGGUAUUUGACAUUAAACAUUGCAUCUGAAUAGUAAUAAUAAUUUCUUUUAUUUUCAAUGAACUUUUAUUUUCUUAUCAGUGAUUUCCUCAUUUGUUAUUAAUGGUUUUGAAUAUCAUUAUUAAAACCCUGAUGUCAUUUUUUAUAUCAAAGCCUAUCAUUUUUAACGUUUUUGUUUUAGAUUUGAACGAAAAACAACAUUUUGAUGAACACUUUGGAUGAUAUUUGAUAAUUAAAAUUAAGUCGGACUUUAUUGAUGUUUUGGGUUUAGUUUCAAGGAAAUAGUUUUUCGUUAUCAAGGAUUUAUUGUAUUGUUAUUAGAAGUUUAGUGCACAUGUGUGAAUGUUGGUUUGCUUGAACUACUAUUUUUCUUUACAUUGUCACAUGUGCACUAUGUCACAAGUGUUGAAGAUGUUGAAAAUCAAUAUUGUGCUUUAUGAUCAUUGAGAACGAUAAUUUAAAGAGAUAUCAAUUAAUCGCAAAAUGUUAACAAUGUCAUUGAAAGUCUUUGGAAGAGGGCCAUGAUGAGAAAAUUAUAAACUUGACGUGAAAAUGUGAAUCAUAAGUAAAGAGGUUGUAAAUUAAUGAUAUUGUUAUUCAAACUAUUAAUGAUAAUGUUACAUAACUUUAAUGAUUCAGUCAUAAGCGUUGAUGACAAAAUUGAAAAAAGGGUAACAAUUUUUCCAAAAUUGUUAAUAAUGUAAUUGUAAUGAAUUGAUAAGUAUAUUAGAAUUGUUGAUAAUUACAAUGUAUAGUAAUAAAUAAUUCAUUUCAUAAACGUUGAUAAUGUUAUUGCAAAAUGUUAAUACUAUAUUGCAAGUUACCACGAAGUGUGAGAGAGCGGAUAUUUUUUAAUUUUCAAUUUCCAUUUUAAAAAGGGACAAAUAUUAUGUUCUUGUUUUAUUAAAUACUAAAUAAUAAUAUUUAAUUGUAUUAAUUAUGAAUUUCCAUUCUAAUUAUAAUUGUAGUGGAGAGAGAGGGUUAUGGAGAAGGUCGGGAGAGAGAAAGAGAAACAUUAAUUGAUAAUAUUAAUUAUAAUCAUUAUAUUUACAUAAUACCAAAUUUACCCUCAACUACCUAUUAACUACUUACCUUCCACUAACUACCUAAUCCACUAUCAACCAAUAGGAAUAGUUUAAGCAUUUGCUUAAACCUAUAGGCUUAAGCACCGGAUCCAACCCGCUUCCUUCUGGGGGAUGUUGAACUUGAAUAAAUUAGUGGCAUCACAGGUCGGUAUUUGUUUCGCGAUAUCAAAUAUAUAUAUUUCUUGAUAUCGCGGAUUUGAUGAAUGACAUUUGUGUAAGGCUCUAAAUAAAGAAUUUUUGGAUUCAAAAGUUUCCCCCCAGGUGAAAGAGGGAUAAAAGUGGCUCCUCAUGUAACUCAAAAUAUAACAGUGAAUAAUUACAUUUUGAUACUACCGUUAAGUUUGGAAACAGAAAAUAUAUUGGUACAACUAUGUGCGAAGUUAUAUGAUUUAGUUGCAACUAAAUAAAUAGGUGGUCAACAUGCAACAAAAGCAAUACUUAGGGGUCGUUUGGAUGGAUUAAUUGUCAAUGUGGUAUUUGUAAUGUCCAAUAACUCAUUUAUUGCUCAUGUGGUCACUACAAGAAAAAUGAGCUUUAGCGGCUAAUAGUGGCGACACUUUAUAUAUCAGCCCCUAAAACUUUGUAUAUAGCGACAAUUUACUUAUUUGCCUUUAAAAGUUAUAUCAUUUGUCUCUAAUUCAUUUGUUUUUAUUUUAAAGUUAUAUGUAAGUUAUUAUUUUAGGGGCCGUUUACGGAAACUCGUUGAUGGGAAAAAUACUAGAGGCAUAUUGAAUUGCCAAUAAAAGUAUUAUAUGAUUACAUGCAAAAAAAAAUUGCCACUAAAACGAAGAGAAAGAAAGAAAGAACAAGGCAUUCUUUGUUAUUUUUAAAGAUGGGAACUUUAGUUAUUAUUUAUUCCCUUUGUAUUUUAUUUUAUCCUGCCCCUCAUGUCCUCAUUGUUCUAUCCGCCCUACGCCUACGGCCCUCGACCCCUAGUUUCGCACAGUAAUCAGUUCCCGACUUCUCUAGAAUUCCUUGUCAAGCCUUCUCCUCGCCGUGUUUCUUUCCUUCUCGCCGUUACUAUUCCGUUCACCACUAUCAAAUAACUCCCGUCUCAGUUCUUGUUCUUCUGAUUUAUACACCCGACGGUAUUCCUCGUCAUCUUUCUUACGUCCUCUAUGAUCAAAUUGAUUCGAUCACCAAUCCACAAGUGUAUUUUUGAUUUUAGGGUUAUAUUGGCUUCACCCACUUCCCACUCACUUUGCCUCAUUUCCCCCUAGUUCCAUCAGAUCCCGAGGAUUGAUGUUUCUUUCAUGUAAAAAUUAGGUUUUACAAACGAUAAUGAUUUGGGGGUUUCGAGGAGAGCGAGAUCGAGGUUGAUAUUUGCAUUGACGACGAAUGACAAGGUUUGGGUGUAAGGGUUUAAGCAAUUGGCGUUAUGAUUCUCUGAAUUCUUGUUCUUCUACAAUGAUUUCCUUGCACCUGUUUUUAUUUUAUUUUAUUAAAUCCUUUAUUUGUUCCAUGAUGAUUCUUUUUCUUCUAAGGUUAUACACCUAUCGCUUUGAUGUUUGGAAACCUUAAGUUCAAGGAUUCUGUAGAGGAAUUCUAUUUGGUAAUUAAUUCCACUUUUCUAUCAUACCAUGUUCAGAGCUUGAUGUAUCGAUUGAGUAAGGAUGAUGUUGUCAUGAGGUGGCAUCGGGUAGAUGCCCUUUGUUCCUCGUCUGAUGUUCUUGGGAAGCAAUUUCUUGGGUUAUUUCCGGGGUGGUCUUAUUCGUGGCCUUCUAUGAUUUCCUUUCCAUUUGUUGUUUCCGAUGGAUUCCUUUCUUGAUCUUGUUAAACUUUGUUUCUUUUUCCUGUACACCUCUGGCAUAUUUUGUUGGUAAUGGAUUUUCACCUUCAUAAAAAAAAUUGUGUAGAGAAGUUGCAUUCUAUCACGGGUUUGGAAUCAUGCAGAGGUAUUUCAAACCCUUUCUCGAAAUGUUUGUUUAAUCUCAUUAUGCUCUUUUACUAAUGGUUGUUAAUGCCUUCUCGUGUGGUUGCUCUCCUGUGUAGGGAUUUUAACUCUUAAGUCCACAGUCUGCUGAUGGAUAAAAGUAUAUGCUUAUG